CGGAUGCACCCUAUGAACUCCUAUGAAUCUGAAUUACAGUUCCCAAUAUUGACUUCCAAGUUCGUCGCAGUACGGGGACAAGAGUGGCACGACAGGAGGCGCCCGCUUCAUCCUCUUUGCUUACGACUUUCGUCUACGAGAUCGGCGUGGUGAAGAAUGUUCACAAACAUUCAGUCAUAGCUUUCAUCCUAUACAAUUCUGAACCAGUUCAGUAGAUAAGCUCCUCGCUGCUUUAGAACCUCUUCUGCACUGGGCGGGGAUCUUGAAUGAUUUGGAAUGACUGGGUUUGUCAGAAAUGCAGUGAUGAUUUCGCAGUGUUGUCUUUACCGGUCAAUUUCGGGACUCUUGAAUAUCGGAAGAGCUGUGCAACACUCGCACUGAUGUCGAAGCGGAGGGUUUUUAUUGUUACGUCGUUUGUCUCCGAGUUCCCAGUCGGCAUAUAAUAAAAUCGAUACCUGUUCAUGCCGAACUCUACAUCAACUAGUUUGAAACCUUUGGAUAUUCCACCGGAGCUUUAUGACGAUGCAGUAACAAUUUAUUACUCUUUUUCCGCAACCACCUUUAGUUAUGCUGCAGUAGUCUGCCUGAUUCUAUAUGAUCAUCUGCUCACGAUCAACGAAGAAAUCAACUGCAUAUGGAGACGAAAGUUCUCCGUAGCCUCUGCCAUCUUCGUCAUCAACCGCUACCUCCUUCUCGCCCUAGCUCUGAUCAUUGGCCUUGAGUUCAUGCAGGAAAGCAACAAUUCGAUCCUGGUAUCUAGGUGCCGUGCGCUCGAUAUAACUGCCAACGCUAUUGGAUACGUACUAUCGGCGACAUUUGCAGCCUUCACUGUCCUGCGAAUCUAUGCCAUUUUAGAACGAAGUAUUUCUGCUGCCAUCAUUCUUGCGACAGUCAAUACUCUCUUUCUGGUUGCGACAAUUAUCUUCAUCACUACACAGUUCUACGAUGUCUCUCUUCGUGUCCAGCUACCUUACUUGGCUUGUGCUAACACAGUUGCGGUCCCUGGUCAUGGUUAUGACCAAUUCACUAGCUUUCUUUCUGCAGAUGCAAGGAAUGUCACUCUAGACAUCAUUUGGAUUACUGCAGAACUUCUGACACUGGGCUUGACUGCAAGUAAGACAUUCAAGUUGACCAGAGAAUCUCAUCAACUUGGAGUGCAUGUUACUGUUACCUCCUUGCUUCUAAGAGAUGGAAGCAUCCAGUUCUUGACUGUUUUAUGUAUCAACAUAAUUGAUGUUAUCAUGACUGUGACUUCUCCUAUCAUAUUUGUUUCCAUUUUCACAUAUGUACUUCAAUCUAUUCUUCUCUCUCACAUGUUCUUUCACCUCAGACAAGUUCACCUGUCUUCCCAUUCAAGCGUCAACUCCAGUUCCUUUGCUGCAUCAAAUCUACACUUUGCUUCCAUGGUGGUAGGAAACCUUGGAGCACCUUUGCAUAACAUCUUCACAGAAAGUCAUGAAGAGAUUGAAGCUGAAAGAGACCAGAUCUCUGUAUCCAGUAAUCCUUUGGCCACUGCUUUACCUCUGCCCAUAUUGGAUGAUGAGGAUGAAUCAAAUGGGCUGGUUCUUGCACAACAAAUGACAGCCAGAUACACAAAAGUCUCAACUCAUGACUUGGGGGACUUGACAGAGGAUGAACACAGUGUUGGCAUCCACUCAAGAAAAUUAUCUCUUGUUCUCUCUGAUGAGAAGAACAUGCUAGAGGAUGAUCCUGAGUUACAUAGCCUCAUGUCUGUUUCUCAGGAGAAGCUGUAACAUGAUAGGCCAUUUGUAAUGUAAAAUUAAUUUCAUCUAUGGCUAUUAGUUGGACCAAUGAGGUUUACUAUAUCAUCAUCUCAUCAUGACAUCAAAGAUAAUGAAAGAACACUGGUAGG